AUGGAAGACAGCGCAUUCAUGAGGUGCACCAAAUGUAAACAAUACUACGAUAUUCUGUGUGUCAAUUUUAAGGUAGAAGUAUUUGCAACAAUGUCAUCAGAAUUUAAAAAUAUGUGGAUAUGUUUCGAAUGCCGUAGCAAAAUACCUAAGCUUGAUAAUUCACUUACGCCAGUACGCCAGCAGUUGAGCCACGACACGACUGCCGUUGGGGAUUGCUUGGAUGUAUCGAUGCAUACCCCGGAUAAUGUCACAUUCCGAAACGGAAAGCGUCCUGCGCAAUUAGUGGUAAAGAGCAACCCGUGCCCCCAAAAUACGGCUCCUUUAGUACAUGAAAUAAAACAAAUGCAGGACGACUUCGAAUUGCGCCUUACCAUGAAAAUAUGCGCACUACUUAACGAAAAAUUUAAUGUAUUCAAGGCCACGGUAUUUGAAAAAAUUAGCAAUUUAACCUGUAAGAUUGACAAAUUAGAAGAAACAAUCCUAACAAUGGACAAAAAUAAUAGUGUAUCAACGCAGUGCUAUGCAGCGGCGGUACAGCACCCUUCAAACGUUGAUAGUGGGAAGACUAAGCCGAAUGUAAAAUCUGGCCCUCAGCAGAAAAAUAAGGGAGCUUCGGGCAAACCUAAUCCAUCUGCAAAAGUAAACGCAUCCAUCUCUUCUUUAGCGCCAGUUUCAACUUUAGUCUCUGAUUCCGUAACUUCAGUUUUGAGUGUGAGCCAUGAGGCAAUUCUUGCACCCCGGGAUGGCGCGGCGCAAAAAGACCCGGAAGAGUGGAUACAGGUGAGACGUAAAUCUGGACGCGCAUCAUUGCCCGGCGUUCUUCGCGGCACGGCAGCGCCGGGAGUGACGAAACUGCGUGCAUCUGAGAGGUGGAGGUACUUGCAUCUCUACUAUGUCCAAGAGGGUACCACAGUCGAGGAGGUGCGUACUCAUCUACACUCUAUUAGUGGAAACAAUGAUUGCUCAGUGGAAGAACUGAAACCUAGGGGGCGUUACUCAUCGUUCAAGCUGGGAGUCCCGUCCAGAAUUGCGUUAUGUCACCAAGCAACUGGGCUGAAGACAUCUGUAUAA